AUGCAAUAUAAAAAGGAUAGAAUUUAUUUUCAUCACUCAUUCAAUCAAUAUUCAAUCAAUCAGGUUGUACAGGCACAGUUUUGGGAUAUGCCAACAGGUCGAUGCUGGGGUAACUUCGAACAAUAUCGUCAAUGUGCUUCAACAUGUCCAGAUACAUGUAAUGAUAUUCGAUGGCCAAAUCCUUACAAAAUAUGCAAUUUAAUGUGCAGAAUGGGAUGCGAAUGUAUCCAACCUUUCGUGCGUCUAAAUGAAAAUCCGAUGAGUCCAUGUGUUCAUCCACGUCGAUGCCGAUUUAUGUGA